AUGAGCUUUGCUAUCUCAGAGGUACUUUCGCCUACGAGCAUAACAACAGCAGCUCUUAUACCACAAUUUAGUCCAAAUGGUGAUGUUCUAGCUGCUGCUCGAGGAAAUAGACUAUAUUUAUACCCAAUUGAAAACGAUCUUCUCGGAACUCCACAAAUUGUCAAAUUAUACGGAACAAUUCACAAAAUUAUUCCAUUAAGUUCAUCUAUGGUAUCAAACAUUUUAGUAAUAUUAACAGAUUUACGAUCCUGCAUCUUAAAUUGUGAUGAUGAUGGAAAUAUCCACACAGUUUCUGCUGGUAAUUUAACACCAUCACCACCAUGUCUUCCACUUGAUGAAAUAAAAUACGCAGUGAUCCCUUCAGCUUUAGUUAUCAAGUUUCAUAGUAACGAUCUCACAGUCUAUCCAAUUACUUCAGAGUGUGAAAUUGGCGCACCAUUCCCAAUAACAAUUUCCUGCAAAUCUAUCGUCGAUUUUGUUUUCAUUGGUCCAAUUUCCCGCGUUACUCGUCUUGCAGUCUUAACAGAAGAAUAUCACGACAAUCCAAAACUUCAUCUCUUCGAAAUCGAUCUUACAAACAAUUUAGGAACCGAAGAUAUCAACCAAACCAUUUCAUUACCAGAAGAUACUUAUAUGAUCUUCCCAUAUUUACCAGAAACUCACUCCGUUGUUAUGAGCUUCUCAAGUCUCAAGGCAAUCUCAGUGACAUACGCCUCUGGUUUGCCUCCUAAACCGCAGAGUUAUACAAUAUUUACUCCAAACAAGCUUGCUUGGUUUGCACAGAUGAAAGAGAACUUCUACGCGUUCAUUGAUGAUAAAGGAACCAUCAGAGUUUCAGAAAUUUCCGAAGAUAAUAUGUUACGAUUUACAGAUCUCGGCAAAGCACCGAUCCCAUCAUCAGUAGUUGCCGUCACAGGUUCUCUCCUGUUCGUUGCCGCCAAGGCCGGACCAGCGCAUCUCUUCGAAGUCCAACACACGAAGCUAGAAAAGAAGAUGAUCAUUGACAACUCAGAUUCUGUGAGGGAAUUCACCGGGGAAACAAUUCUCUUCCAAUCCGCAAUCGCUAAAGCAGAGCGCCAGAUCAAACUGAAACCUUCAUUCAUACUCCAAAUGAAAGGAAUAACAAAUAUCUGGUCAAAACAAAACGAUGAAUCAGAUUCAAUAGUUCUAUCGUCUCCUUCUCAAUCUUACUUCCUCGAGGGAAGUGACGGUGUUUACGAGGAAAAAGAAGAAGAAAAGUUUACAAAGGAUGAAACAACAAUUUACUUCUCUUUUGAGCCGGUUAUGAUACAAGUAACUCCUUCAAAGGCUAUAUUUGGUAAUACAAAAAUUGAGGGAGAUUUUAUCGGCGCGAAUUCUGACAAUCAACGAUUAAUUUUGAUUCAAUCUGAUUCUGCUUCUGUUUACGACUUAAAUGAUGAUAAAGAGCUCCACAAAUUCGAUGGAAUCUUCACUGCAGCAGCUUUCGGAGAUGACGGUUGUCUAUUGUUGGCAAAUCUUGACAGAGUAACCGUUUUUGACAGAAAAUUCAAUGAAAUCAACUCGUUUUCACUGAUUUCCCCUGUCGUCAGUCUCUUCAUGAAGCAUAAAACUGUUUACGCAGCUCAUGCUCAAAAAGGUGUGACACUUUUUGCUAAUAACCGUUGUCACUUUUUCAAUGUUGACGGAUUUCAUUCUGUCAUCAAAGAAAUCAACGGCAAAGUUGUUGUUUUCGGAGAGAACCCUGUAUGUUUCGACGGCGGAAAACUCAAACAUUAUGGAAGUCCAAGAACGAUAGAUGGCACGUUUUUAGGUGACCAAAUAAUUGUUCUUUCUCGUGAUGGAUUGACAUUCUGUCAAGAACAGCGUGAAUCCUUCCAAGUCACAACAUUUUCUGAUGAGAAAAUGCCAAUGAUGUUCAGACAAAUAAAUGGCGGUUAUGUUUAUGCCAUUUCUGACAUGAUUUACGCGUCAAAAGAUUUUAUUUCUGCCAGAAAAACAUUUUUGAAUCCGGACAACGGCAAAAUCUUCAAACUCGAAUCAGACGUUGUUUUCAUGGAGUUUGUUGAAGGUGUUUUAGUUGUCCUGACAAAAAGAAACAUCCACCUGUUUAUUGCGGACUCCCCCUCAUCAAUUUAUGAAUGCAAUGUCCACAAGAAUCAUCAGGACGGAAUAUCACUUGGUGUUUACAAGAACCAGCUCUAUGUUAUUUAUCUUCAUUCUGUUAAGUUCUAUCAUGUCGAGAGAACUAUUAAUGGCGUUGAAUUUGCUGAUUCUGGCACACCAAGAUUGGAUAAUCAUCAAGCAAUUGUUUGUGGAAAUUGUGGCUCAAAUCUCUUUGUUUUUGGCGAUGAAGAUGGAAGAAUAAGAAUUUUCGCAGGCAAUGAAAUGAAAGAGAUUGCGAAUGGAACAAUUUCGCACAAGAUCUCUAAGAUUUCUGUUCUUGGUGAUUCUGUUUUGGUUGGAACAAGUUAUGGUGAAAUUAUCGCUGUCUCUCCAAUGAACGACAGUGCGAAACAAGUCAAGAUUGAAAGCGCUUCUUCUUUGUCGGCAGGAUUCCCAAUCACAGCCAUUUCAAAGGAAUACGAUGGCUAUUUGUUGGUUGGAAAUCAGCUUGGACAAGUGUUUAAGGUAACAAAGAGAUCUCAUCCAAGAGGUUUCUCUGAUGUUUACCAGGUGAUCGAACAGAAAGUUUUCUCUGAAGGUCACCUCAAUAAGAUGUUAGAAAGGUCUGUAAUGUUUAAGAGAUAUAUAUUGAGAUCUGAGAGAUUCGUGGAUAUGGAUUUGAUCAACGACUUCUUAGAAAUGUCGCCUGAACAACAACAAAGUAUUCUAGAAUCUCAGAUAAAUAGAGAUGAUGCUUUGGCUACUUUACUUCUUUAUUAA